AUGGCUUGGGGUCUGAACACGUCGCCGACGGGAUCGUCACCAGCGCCCUCUACCGUUGCUCCUAUAUCAGCCACAUCACUUACCCCAUUUCCUAUUGCUGAAAUACUGGAAGAAUCCACCGAUUUUGCUGAUGCUGUCGACAUUUUCGAAGGCGUGACGACUGUGACAAACGUAGCGCUGGAAGGUGUGGCGCUUCUGCAGAUCAUUAAGCACUGCCAUGACAGCCACCCGGGUGGCGCGGCUGGAUCAUUAGUAGGAAUAGACACUGACCAGGUGCUAGAAGUAACCAAUAGCUUCCCGUCGCCACCCAUUAGCGAGCGUAAGAAGGGUUCAGAUGAGUACCAACUUAACAUGAUGAAAAGUUUGCGCGAGAUUGGCAUGGAUAAUAACAAGGUGGGAUGGUACCAGUCCGUCGCUAUGGGCACAUUUUGUACAGCCUCAUUCAUUGACCACCAGUUCCAAUACCAAAAAUCGUUAGGCCCAAACGCCGUCUGCAUCAUCUACGACUCAGCCGAGACAUCCAAGGGCUCGCUCAGUUUGCGUGCCGUCCGCCUUACAAAGACCUUUUAUGACACAUACAAGAGCGGUUCCUUCACAAAAGAGACCUUUUCGAAAAGUGACAUCCGCUCGGCCACCGUUGUUGAGGAGCUCCCGAUUGAAAUCCGAAAUUCGGACGUCAUCACGUGCUGGCUGCAGCAAGCAACGCAUGUUAGUGACAGUGCUGCGAUGAGCAAUUUUGAUAAAUUGGAUUUAGCUACAAAUGCUUACUUGGAAAGUAGCCUUAAAAACAUGUCGCUAUGGGCUGACGAGCUGGCGCAGGAGCACUACAAAUUUCAGGGUUAUGAACGGGCAUUAUCUAAGCAGCGGGUCGCCUAUCAGCAAUGGCAGAAUAGACAACGAGAGGAGAAUAAGGUUCGCCAUGAAAAUGGGGAAGAGCCUAUGUCCGAAGAAGACCAAAAUUUCCUCAAGUCAAUAAGCCAACCCUCGCGUCUUGAAUCCCUUCUCAUCACUAAGCAGAUGAACACUUACUGCGAGCACAUUAAUUUGUAUGCUGGAAAGUCGUUCCAAAAAUUAUUUUUGGCUGCAAAGAUACACCAAAAUGAGUAG